GUUUAUAUUUUGAGCUAUCGUACUCGGGCAAAGUCAUGGAAGAUGUAAUUUCUGCUAUUAACGGACAAUAUUCAUAAUAUUAUGUGAUAUCAGUAUCAUAAGAUACUUGCUCGGAUUUAUCAUCAAUACAUCUUGCCUUUUGAGCAGAUAUAGAGUUUCGGAGAUUUUCACAUAUACUAGAUUAAGGUGUGCGUGUAUGUUGUGUGUGGGUGUAGAAACAUACACAUAGGCGUUAAAGUAUUACACUAAUUAUUUCAUCUUAUACAGACAGCGAUCCGUGACAUGAUAACGAACUUAAAAUGAUGUCUGGAGUGAGAAUUGAAGUGAUGUUCCUCACAUUAUCGAUCUACGCCGCUCCGAUAUUCUCAUCUGAGUUUGAUACACCUCUUGGACAGAAUUUAUGCUACUUUGAACCACUCAUACAGAAUUUACUAUCCGUAGUACAACCUAUUUAUUAUAGUGUUUUCCUGAAAAUAGAGGAGUUAUCUUUUCAAGGGGAAGUUCGUAUAUUAUUUGGAUUGAUUCAAAGAACGUACUUAUUAAUUUUUCAUGCCAAGUACUUGGAAAUAGGGAACAAUUCAGUAGUACUCUGGCGAGAUGAUCUGGAAAUCGAUGACGUAGACCAGCCUAUAGAUAUUUAUUAUUGUAAUGAGACAAGCACUAUAAUUUUGAAAUUCGAUGAGAUUCUAUGUCCCGGUAAUUAUAGCAUAGUUAUAUCGUACAGAGGUUUGGUUAAUAAAACAGGCUUCUAUCGGAUCAAAGAGGAAAAGGGAAAACGCAAUGUAACCUGGUCAUACGUGAUGCUGUUGGAACCGGAGAGCGCGCGAUAUAUAUUUCCAUGUCAGGACGAAUCAACCUCCAAGGCUAUAUUUUAUAUCAUUGUCCAACAUUUGGCUAUCUACCAUGUCUACUCCAAUGCGCAAAAACAAAGUGUUGUGCACAUAAAUAAGACCACAACACAGACGACUUUCCAACCUACACCUCCAAUGGGCAUCAAUCUACUGAGAAUCACUCUUAUUAACUUUAAUAAGUUACUUUUAGUAAAAAAUGACCUAUGGUACGGACAAGAAGGUACUAAUGAGACUGACCCAAUUAUAAAGAAUAUCACUAACGUAAUCGAUGAUUUCUUAUGGCUAUACAUGGAUAAACGUUUAGAAACUUCGAUAAUCGUGGUUUUCUCCGAUCUCCUGGGCAAUACAGUAGGAGCUAGGCAACUCAUAUUUUUAAGAGAAAGUGAUCUCAUCUAUAAAAAUGAUACACAUUUUCCUGGUCGUAUAAUUGAUAUAUGGAAGACGAUAGCGUACAGAAAAGCGGAACAAUAUAUCCAGAGCUUCAUCCAUCCAAAUCAUUGGUCUCAUACGUGGUUCAACAAGGCACUUGCAUUAUAUCUCAGUUAUAAUAUUCUCGGACAGGGUUUUGAUAAGGAACGGAUGAUGCAACUUUUUGUAGUGCAAGUUCAACUGCCCGCUAUGCACAACGAUAUUGUUCUUAAAGUGCCAUCCAUCCUACGCACAGAUGACCCGUUUUACUCAACUCUCAUUUAUAAGAAAGCAUCCGUUUUAUUAAGAAUGUUAGAGCAUAUCGUUUCAAAAGAGAAGUUCCACAUUGCCAUCGUAGAAUAUUUAAAUACAUGCAAAUAUCGAACCAGUACCCCAAAUAAAUUCUUUAGUAUCCUGAGUAAAUUUAAUGAAAUGCCUGAAAACGUGAUAACAGACAUAAUGUCUAUCUGGCUGUCGCGAAGCUAUUAUCCUGUACUGGUAGCUAGGCAAUAUGACAAAACGUAUCACAUUACAUGUAAUGAAAUAAAUAAAGACCACAAUGAUUCAAUUAUACGGCCAAUUCCGGUGACUUAUACUACGAAAGAGGAUCCUCAUUUCGACCAGUAUGGUCUUAUACAUUGGCUAAAUAACAAUUAUACAGAAUGGAACUCCUAUCUAGAAUUAACUUUGGACAAUGUAGAAGAAUGGGUUAUAUUGAAUGUACAAUAUUUUGGUUACUACCGUGUUCGUUACGAUAAUACAAAUUGGUUGAAAAUUGCAUAUUUCUUGAAAGAGGACAAUGGAAAGACCAUAUCUGUUUUGAAUCGCGCUCAACUCAUCGAUGAUGCGUAUCAUUUUGUAAUGAUGGGUACAAUGGAUUACAAGUUUUAUUAUGAGUUAAUUGAUUUCUUGAGAAACGAAACUGAUUUUAUAGUAUGGCACUCUAUGAUGAACGUGUUACAUUAUAUGUCGCCUUUCUUUAAAUUUCCAGAGAGUGAAGGUUUCAAGAACUUCAUAAUAGACAUCAUGAAUGAUGCAUUGACGCAGAUAGGAUAUGAUGAAAAACCAACUGAUGAUAACAUGUUGAAAAGUACGCGAUUGUUACUCCUCAAUUGGAUGUGUAAUCACGGCAAUGACAAAUGUAGAGAAGCAGCCAGCGAUAAAUUAAGAAUAUACUUUAAAAAUGCUCAAAAAUCACCAAUCUUACCGGGUUGGAGGAAUUGGGUAUUUUGUGCGGGGCUUAUGAAACCGGAUCAUGAAGUUAGGACGCUGAUGAAGCAUAAAAUUUUGCACGAGAUGGAUGAAAAUAUAGUCCAAUAUAUGACCUGUUACGAUGACGAUGACUCGAUACAGGACUUGUUGAAUUGGGUUAUAUUUAAACCUCGCGUUAGCAUUUUCCCAAUGGCGAUACCACUGAAUGAUGUGCAAAAGAAGCACUUAUAUCGUGUCAUUGUAAAGAAGCACGCAAGAAAGUCUAAAAUAUUAGAUUUUAUCUUGAAAAAUAUAUUUCACCUAUUGCCGGGUAAUAUGACCCUUCUCGAGAAAUUAGGUCACGUUAUCAUGAGCGUGCAUUCUAAAUGCCAAAUGCAAAAGAUUACAGAAUACAUAAACUAUAAUAUUAACUUGGAUAAGUCGAUCUAUGAAGCUGAACGUAUAUUAAUGAGACGAAUGUCUCAAAUAUCUACGGAAAAGGAUAUGUUCGUGCAUCGUUUUCCCUACAAUGUGAAAGAUACGGAAUGCUAACUAAUCAUGUAAAAAUAAUAUACAUAUUGUAC